AUGAUUUCCUUUCAAAAAAACUACGAUGUUGAGAUCCCACCUACUGGUGCCCCCGGAGAGAUGGCAUAUGGCAAAAAGCAGAGGAUCACUUCGGCACUGCGAGACCUGACGAAUGGCGAACUAGACAACACACGACGUCGCGCACCUAGACCAGUUCAGUUUUCACAAGUGCAUCCCGCAGAGGACAUUGACACGGGGCUUAAGUCAAAAGAUGAGACUUCCGUUAUUCGAAGACUUCACUCACCGGAUGUCGCGGACAUCGACGAUAUGCAACUCGCAAUUGCAGAGGACAUCCACGCAAGUCUGUUGAAAACACAAGCGUUUCUUGUUGCAUCUAAGCGAUUUCCACCUGAGAUAAGCACAUCCAUGCGCAAUAUUCUGGUCGAUUGGAUGAUAGAAGUUGCAGAAGAAUACAAGCUAGUGCCUGAAACGCUUUUCCUGAGCGUUAUGUAUACGGAUGUGUGCUUACAAGAGAUGAAUAUACACCGCUCCGAGUUGCAACUGCUGGGAACAACUUGCAUUAUGGUGGCUGCAAAGUACGAAGAAAUAUACGCGCCACCGAUCGAUGAACUGUGUUACAUCACCGAUAAUUCGUACACGCGAUCGCAAAUCAUCAAGAUGGAACGGGCUGUACUAAAGUGCCUGGAGUUCUCUUUGACGCGAACAACUGUGAACACAUUUUUGACUUUCUAUCUGUCACGUAUUCAUACGAGCACCCGAUGUUCAAGUUUAGCCGCAUUUCUAGCGGAGUUGACCCUGAUGUGCCAAACAUUUCUGGACUUUACGCCUGCUGUUGUGGCAACGGCAGCUAUUUUUCUCGCGGAGUAUAAUCUUAGUGAUGCUAGGCCACGAAUACUUGAACUUGAUCUGUUUGAGUUGUUGGACAACAACCAGUUGACGCGAUGUAUUGAAUCUAUGAACAAAGAAUUCGCUAGUUACGAUGCGGAGAAGUUCCAUGCGCUGCACGAGAAGUACUCUUCACAAAAGUACAAUGAGGUCGCAACUGUCGUGGCCAAAGGAAACCCUUUGGCAAUGCUCAAACAGAAGUGUACAAUUCAACGUGGCGCAGGUAGACCGAACGAACAAAAUAUACACCGGGAAGUUUGA